AUAGUCUAUCUAAUCUAUGAAACUUAUCUUAUCUGUGAACUUAUCUAUGUCCAUUAACAAUAAGCCGAUAAGCAGCCAAAAAGUAAUAGUGACAAAAGCAUUUUAAAAUUUUGUGUAGGAGGUUAUUUUGUUGAAUGAUAAAUUACCUAUUAAUAGAAACAGGAAAAAAAGUUGGAGAAUAAAGAAAAGGGAACUAAAAAGAAUAAUAAAAUAAAAUCAUGACAGCCAAUAAUACAAAAACACCAGUAAUGAUUUUACAAGAAUUAACCGUAAAGAAUAAGUGGCCUCCACCGGAGUAUAAGUUAAUAUUCGCGAAUGGGGGAACCCACGAAAAUUUGUUUAUUUACGAAGUUGAUAUAAGAGGUUUUAUAGCAAAAGGUUCAGGGACGUCAAAGCAAAGGGCUAAACAUCUUACAGCUGUAAAUAUAUUAAAAAUUCUGAAGGAAAACGAACUUUAUGAAGAAAGCGCAGAUACUGUAGUGAUAGUUCCCAAAGAGACUGAAAUACAGCCUACAUCGAGUAGUAUAAUAACUAUGUUAAGAGAAAUUUGUAUUGAAAAUAAAUUGCCAGAUCCAACUUUCAUAGAGUUAUCAGAUGUGGGUCCACCUCACCGAAGAGAGUUUACUUAUGAAUGUAGGCUAUGUUCAUUAACAACUAGAGGUCUUGCUGGAACAAAGAAGCAAGCAAAACAAGUUGCAGCUCAAGAAAUGUUAAAUAAGUUGAAGAGUGCAUUACCAACAAUUGUAGAACAGUGCGGCUCCACAUUUUCAGAUACAAUGGAUUUAAAGGAGCUUGAACAGGACGUCAUCAAUAAAUAUAAAAAGAUAAGGCCAUGUACUAUUCCAAAGCAAAAUGUGGGAAUUAAAAUAGCAGAUUAUGAUUCAGUGUUUGCCAGUUUAAUGAAUGAAAGAGAUGUUGUAUUAGCAGAUUUAAAAAAUACUUUAAAUCAUUGUGUAGCAGAAGAUAACUUAAGUAGUUUUCUUAAAAUAUUAGAACUUGACUAUGGAAUUAAUUUGCUUAAUCCUGCCCCAACUGCUAUUGUUGCUUUGAUAAUCAACAUUGACGUUCCUUUUACAGUUUUUGGCAAAGGAGUCACAGUAGAAGAUGCUUCACAUAAUGCUGUAUGUGCCGUUGUCGACUUUUUAAAAUUAAUAAUACAAUAAGCGGUUAUUAUUUUAAUGAAUUACGUAACUAUUUUAAAUAAUGUAACAGCAGUAAGCAUGAGUGUUGUGAUAUUUUACUUAAUAUUAUCAAAUAUAUGAUAAAAAAUA